CUCCUCUCAACUCGCCUCCAUGCCCCUCCCCCGUCUCGCAUCCAUCGCGGCGCUCGAUCACCUGGUCCUCACGGUCCGCUCAAUCCCGACCACAAUCAAGUGGUACGAACGCCUCGGGAUGCGGCACGAGCCGUUCCGCACGCCCGGCGGCGUGCGCCACGCCCUCCGCUACGGCCUGAGCAAGAUCAACCUCCACGAGGCGGGGAACGAGUUCUCGCCGCGCGCAAAAACCGCACUCCCGGGCACUGCGGAUCUGUGCUUCCUCAUCGACGAUGAUGUGGGGGACGUCAAGACGCGCCUGGAGAAGGAGGGCAUCGAGAUCGUCGAGGACGGUGUUGUGUCUCGCACGGGCGCGCGGGGUAACUUGUUGAGCGUGUAUGUGCGCGAUCCGGACGGGAACUUGAUUGAACUGUCGAAUUACGAGGAGGAGAUGCACGCGUGAAGCGGAUG